AAGAGAGUCACAGAGAGGGGAUGGGAGUAGAAUGAGCACUACGCUGCCUCUUCUUUCCUCUCCAGCACUUCUCCAGGGGAAAAAAAGCAGUAUCACUACAGCCACUGUUAGGCAGGACCAUUUGUUUGUGUAUCCUCAUUCACAGAGACGACCCACAUCUGUCAGCGUCCACUCCAGCUGGGAAACCUUUCUGCACUGAAUGACUGAGAGGGAGACGGGAAGAAACAGGGGAAAUCUGAGGGGAAGGAGAUCUUUACCCUGCUGCAAGCCUGAAGAAGGGAUGGAUUUCUGCACAAAGUGAGCAAAGAGAAGAAAACUGCAUAUAUUGAGCCAGGAUGUCAGGAAUGGAUGUCCUACUGGUAGAAAACAACAAGACUGGAGGAGCUCCGAUAGAUAACGGGACUUUUCUCCGUUUCUCCCCAACGUCUGCCUCCACAUCCGCAGGCGCCUCCCCCCCAGGAGGUCGCCAGGGCAACGUCUAUGUGUACGUGUGGCUCUUCCUGGGGCUGCUGGUGUUCCUGCUGACGCUGCUCAUCAUUUCCCUCCACAGGCUGAAGAACAUCAUAUCCUCGUCUUCCUCAGUCCCCGACUGCAGCAGCGAGGGAGGGAGCUCCUUCACUAACAUGGAGAUCUGCAGCAUCUCCUCUCAGAGGUCCACCAUCUCCGCGCUCUCCACUUGAGGGAACUCAUAGCUUACAGACUCAUGUAUAAACACCCUGUUUUCUCUUUACUGAGCGAGAAUGCAUGCUCAACAAUGAGAAAAAGAAAACCUUUGCAAAAUAAACUGAUGGAAUAAUAUUAUCCUCCCAUGCAUGUAUACUUUAAUCCUGGCGGAUCAGUGAAUAUGGUGUGUUUAUGCACUGUAUAGCCACAUUGGAGGUUAUAAAGGUCGAAAGCCAAAAUAUUCUGCUAAACUUGACUAACAACAAACGAACCAGAUGAAUGUUUUCCCUGUGCAGGGAAACGCAAUGGCAAUUAUCCUUUUUGUCUUCAAUCCUUUUUCUGUCAUAUUCACUUUAGCAGCUUUGUAAAUCAUUACUGAUUAUGUCUGUAGUUUGCAUUGCAAAUUUUAGCAUUCUAAAAUAUUAAAGAUCUCUACUUUGUAAAGAGAUGAGUCCCUCAGCUGCAUAUAUGUUCUUUAUUUGAACAGAAAGGCUGUGUUGAAAACUGGUAGAUAAUCCCACAGAGUGUGCAGACAGCAGAAUACACAGAGGAGAAUGAUAGCUGCAGAGUUUCUGAUAGGAGCACAGCUGUAAAGAACAGGUCAAAAGCAGCACAAACUACAAGAUGAAAUCCCAGCCUUGAUAGACAGGUCUGCAGACGUUACCUUCUCUUGCCUGUCAGCUCGCAGUGCCAGAGCCGGGUUUGCAACAAACCUGAAGUGUU